AUGCCGAAAGUUACAGUGAUAUGUUGGAAUUGCGACAAAACUGGUCACCGUCACAGAUUAUGUCCAGAACCUAAACGUAGAUUCUGUUACCGCUGUCGAGGCUCAGGUGUUACCAAACGAGAUUGCCCUCAUUGUAAUAAGUGCUUAAAGUUACAGAAUGACACAGAAAUAAUCGAUUUUGCGAAUUCGGUCUCAAACAAAAGACAAGUAGCAUUCUGUGUUGACUUCACCCUUGCAGGACGUGAGAUUAGGGCUCUACUCGAUUCUGGGGCUAGUAAAUCAUUCCUUGGUCAAACAGGGAUUGAAUUAAUAAAAAAUAUGGGAUUAACCGCGAAACCAAUUCUUGCUCGUAGAGUUACAGUCGCGAAUGAAAGUUCUACAGAUCGUGUUACAGUUUGCAAUGGAUUACAGUUAUUAAGUGCAAAAAAGGCUUAUGCGAUGACACCAAUAAAACUUGAAGCAUUGUGGAAAGAAACGGAUGAAUGGCUAAGACAAGAUAUCAUAGAGCCUUCAAGCGCGGAAAAAAACUACACAGUCACAGAAUUGGAAUUAAUAACGGAUCACAGCAGUUUACGUUGGUUACAUAACCUAAAAAAUACAACAGGCCGACUCGCCAGAUGGGCUCUUGAACUCCUGGAUUACGACCUGACCAUCAUCCAUAGAAAAGGAGUACUCCAAAAUGUUCCAGACGCUUUAUCACGCAUACCUGAACAAAUGUCGGAUCAGGUCAACCAAAUCGAAGUGAUAGAAGACCGAUGGUACUUGAAGCGUCUACAGAAAGUCGAACAGCAUCCGGGCAGGUUUCCAAACUGGAAAAUCGAAGAUAAUCGACUUUACUACCACAAGCCAGCUGAUUUCCCAGAAACUGAAGUUACAGACCUAAACGCCUGGAAGUUAGGGCUCUAUAGGGAACGUCGCCUAAAAGCCCUACAGGAAAACCACUCAACUCCACAAUCAGGACACCUUCGUGUAGAAAAGACUCAUCGCAGAAUCGCCACACAGUACUAUUGGCCAAGUAUGUUCAAGGAUGUAGUUUCUUUUGUCCGACACUGUGAAAUUUGUCAUCGCACCAAAGUCGAACAAAUCCGACCUGCUGGUUUUAUGGUAAAAAAAACUGUUGAGGAGCCUUGGACAAUAGUAGCUACAGACAUUAUGGGACCUUUAACUCCGAGCUCCAGAGGUAACGUGUACAUUCUCAUUAUUCAAAACUUGUAUACUAAAUGGAUAGAGAUACAGCCCUUAAGAAAAGCUACAAGUUUAACGACAUCGACAGCGCUACAGGAUUUAGUCAUAAACCGUUGGGGAUCACCUAAAGUUUUGCUUACAGAUAACGGUACUGAAUUCAUUAACAAUAACAUGAAAGCCCUAGCGACAAAAAUAGGAUUUCGUCACAUGACCACCCCACCUUAUCGACCUCAGGCCGAUCCUGUUGAGCGAGUAAAUCGCGUAGUACGAACCAUGAUAAUUGCUUUUAUAGAGAGAAGCCACCGAGAAUGGGACUUACACCUCCCAGAAUUCCGUUUUGCACAUAAUACAGCGUAUCACACGUCGAUCCAAAGUAUACUAGCUUUCCUUAACUUCGGUCGCGAACCUACAUCCGCGAUAUCCCUACGCCGAGAACUAGAAAGAGAUAUGGACAUGGUCCAUCAAUCUUCUUUAGCUUGGUCAAAACGGAUGCAACAGUUGAACGAAUUGCGUAAUAGUAUAGUCCACGCUCUAGACAGUGCCUUCCAGAAACAAUCACACUACUACAACUGCAAGCAACGCGAUCAGCGAUAUGAAAUCGGCGAUUUAAACUAA